CCAAAACAAGUACUUCUGUGUGCAUUAUCUUAGAAUUGUGCACCGGACACCCCCACGGGCAGAAGGCAGAGCAUGCCUGUCAUCAAAACUACCGAGUGAAACCAUGGUGUAAGCGAACAGUUCCAAAAUGUCGCUAGCGGCAAUCACGAGCGAACUAGCAGACUAGUACAGAUUACGCCCUGUCGAUGGCCUAUCUACACCCGCAGAUUCGCCUCGGAGCGUGUUGAAACGGGCUAGGUAGAAUAUCGUGUGUCAAGCAACGAAAAGCAACCGGAUCGAGCUGUCAUCCAAAACCACAAGGUGUUUUUAAUUGGAGACCGGAUCCGCGAGCCGAGCCCAUGGUUCAGCCAGAUCAAAGAGGCAAAAAAGGACCCCUGUCUGUUAUCGUCGGUGUCAACAGAAAUUGGAACCAGCCGCGCUCUGAUAAAUUACGCCCAUGAGAUACUCUUUGGUAACGAGGCUCUUCCGCUUGUUUAGAGACGCAAGCAGCCGCCCCGACGUAUUAUGCACACCGGUGGAUGCAAAUGCAACGGCUGUAAUGUAUAUUAAUAGUCGGUUCCAUAUUUGGCACGGAACCAGCUACGGCCGACUGAGCUGCGAUCCGUGAAUAAAGACACAUACAAUGGUGAGGGGGGCUCAUUCAGCCUUGCCACUGUGACAUCGCGUCAAUGGCACCUGAGUACUGCAUUAUGCGCUCAGAGCACAGGUGUCGACCGCGGUUAAGCUUCUGGUGAUUGCGCAAUGUACGCGAACACAUUCCGAUGAGGAGAACGGUAAUUAGUUUACUUUACAGCUGACAGACACAAGAUACAUCUUUGAAGCUAGCGAGGUAGCUUCGCCAACAAAAAAAAAGCUAACCGCCACAGAGGUACUAAAAUGAUUGGGAGACGGCUCGGCCGACAGAAGCGACCUCGGUCGGACGUCACAGGCCCCGUUCAACAGGUGAAAAUGUCCGACACGAACAGAGACUGGCGAUGAGGCCAAUCGGGGUGCUAUGCACAAGGAUGCCAAUUUUGGAUAACAAAACAUACAAGCAGUGAUUUAUUUUCAUUUCCGCCUCCACCGAUAUAUGAGCCAUCCACCAAAAAAAGCAGCACCAAGCAGCCUGUUAAUCAACGCAGCGGGCGGCGCGGGACCCUGGGCCGCACUUAGACGGGCUGCUGCGAACUCUCUCCACUGAACAUGCUUUCCGCGCUAGGCUGUGCCCACCUUCACAUGCCAACAUGGACGCCGCGCGAAUUUGGCCACGGAACGAAAGCGAUGACGCUCUUUUCCUACGGGCUUGUGUAUAAAUUUGCCUGGAAAAGAAAAACCCCGUUGGCGCACUGGUCUAUCUGGAACAAGAGUCAGGACAAUGCAGGGUGCUAGCUUACCAGCAUCUUCCCCCUCUUGCCACAUGCUAUUCAGCUGGCGAUGUCUCUCUGCCCGCCAUUGAGAAAACAUCUUGUUGAGGAGGGGUAUCUAUCGGAUCGGCGCAAUGGCUUCGGCCUCAGGGUCCGUCUCAACAUUUUCCCAAGUCGCCAGCGCUUAAAUGCGCGAAGAUAUUGUCGAGUGUGAGCGGAACAACAUCCGCAAUCGGCGUAGAGCUGGGGCAAUCUUGUUGCACGCCGCGGACACAGUAACUUAACAAUGCAGCGAGGGUUAGAAAAAGCAAUGUGAAAUAAAGAGAGAAUACGUAUAAUAAUGUAAACGUAUAUGCCGCGAGCAGCUAGUCUAAAAUAGCCCUUCUCAUAUACCGAAGGUCAUGCCUGGAAGGCUAACCUUUCCACUGUUACUCAACAGCUAGCCGCCUUGUUAGUAGUGCCUUAACGGUCCGAGACGAACCGCUUGUGUCCUUCUCAAUUGAUCUUUGCAAUUGGUCAAUUCGGUUUCCGUGGCCAAGUUCAGAAUAUUAGCGUGUGGCGUGGUUGGCUAGCCAAUUAUGUGCUGGCACACGUCAGGAUGCAGGUGGGAGUGUUGGCGGCACUGUCUGGCUUGUGCUAAAACAUCCAUUUUGGUCCAUUAAUGAAGCCUUUGGGGCUCAUAGAUGUCCACUCCGAAGGGAAAAAUGGCUCAGAAAGCCUCAACAACACCUUCGUCGGGGCUUCAUGGUGGUGUCUUCAUCAAACUCGGCAGCACAACUAUGCAGACAUCCAUUCAGACCCGCCGUUUGGUUUACUACUUCUACGCCCUUUUAGCUGUAACAAGAUCAACUCAUGCAACUGACCAAAUGGGACAUGCGGCUAACAUGUUUUCCUUGAGACGUGGCGAAAUAUCCUACCAGACAUGCGUAAUAGGUGGCGUGCUACAUCUUUCGCUAUUGCAUACAAUGUAACACCCCUCAUUUCGGUUGAUUUUAUAUUAUGAAUCUCCAUUAUAUCCAUAAAUUUUGGGCUUGGUGGAAUUCUAUUUGUUUUUAAUAAAUAAAUAAAAAAACACAUCCUAUAUGAAGGCCGUUGCUAGGACUUCCAAUUCCCAGUCCACCUUGCAGACUAUAGACGCAUCGCCUCGCCCCGACUACUGAUUCAAUGGGCAAAAGGGAAUCUAGACCCUUCUGGUGAUGAUACUCCUUACUUGAUAAACUCUUAUUUACGUUUUUUGCAGUGAAAUUUCGACAGACGACAGGUGAUACAGUGUUGCAACCGACCCAAGAUGGCUUCAGCCCCAUCGUCUGAUGUUGUCUUGAUCGACAUGAUCUAUUCACAUCUCCUUCGCUUCCCAUGAAUAUUACGCCAGACUUAGUUUUGAAAUAGUCAAGAUUAUUGAUAGUGAUGCCCUGUAAAAAUAACGCAGCAACCGCACCGAGUUUAUAUGUCGGCGCCCUGGCGUUGCGCGCUGUGACCGCGCAGGCUACUCUAUGGGGUAUGAAUAUGCACGAUGCUGAAUAAUGUUUCCCAGCUACUUGUAAAACCUUUAUCAAUCAAAUUGGAAUCAGCUGUUGGCUGUGAAUAUUGCUGGCUGGGGGGGUCUAGUCCGGCAUCCAUAAAGCCUCAGCGUCUCUGUGGACUGCAUUUGGAAAGUCGAGAUAGAGGCUGCUAGGUAUACAUGUUUCUCAGCAUAUUUGAGAAUUAGAUGCAAGAAAUAUAAAACGAGACAAAACUACAUAUUGGAAGUAAAGAGUCAGUACUAUAUGGGGGCUGUAGUAGAGGGCUUCCUGCCAGCUGUCACGCACCUGGCAAGUGUUAAUUAAAUAGGCACUCGCCCUGUUGGCGUCACCACACCACACGUCAACUUCAACCGUCAACUACGCUACAACAGAACCAUUUCGGCUACGACGGUGGUAUGGCGGUGGUACACGAAGAAUUGGCGAAUCUGUUACCAUAGCGCUGUGACACCUUGGAUCAUCCGACCUGUCGGCUCUGGUUACCGUGCAGAACGAUCUACGGUCCGAGAGCCAUCGUGUUUCGUAGGUAAGCGUUUGGGUGGUGUUCUGACACCUCGAUUGACAACCGAUGGGAUGAGCGCUUUUCCUUUCAGAGCCAAUAGCAGCGCCACGCGAUUCGAAUAAACAAGAUAUGGCUCACUUUGUCACUUUGCAGCAUUCCGCACGAUGCGGCGGAUAGAUUACCGGAACUUCCCCGCCGCGAAAUUCAUCAGCACUCGACAAGCGACGAACCCUGCACCACAUUUGAGGCUACUCGACGCUAGCCUGGAGCUAUUGACCCAGGCGCCACGCUAUUUGCUAGGCCGUCUCUCAAAACGCGACCCCGAGGUGGGGCAUGCAUUGACAUCGCUCGCGAUAUGCACAUCAGCUUUCUGUGGCAAUGUUUUGCGCGUGGAGAGUCAGCGUUUCUUGUUUAAUGCCCGUUGCGCUCGGAUGUAUUCGCCUGAGGAAACAAAUCGUACCUGCCGAGUAAAAAGGGUUACUUUUUGCAGAAGCAAAGGGAGAGGCGGGGUGAAAAGCAAAUCUAUGAGGUGACACGAAAAAGGAAAAAAAGGGCUCAAAAAGGAAAACAUUCGGCGCAGAGCACCCAUCCGGUUAACAACCGUCAAUCAUUGGCUACUUGCGGACAGUACGGGGGAGGAAAACAAUUUAGAGCGAGCUUGGAGCAAGGGGUCCCUGCGCAACAUUUGGUAGACCCGGCGGCAUUCAACAGGCAAACAUGGCAAACAAUGCACUUUGUUCAGGGGCAGCUUGAAACGCUCGCCUCCAAGCCAAGGGAAAACCACGCACGCUGAUGGCGGGCCGUUCCAACUAGUCUCAGGUACCAGCUCCAGCGUCCACCACGGGCUCUCUGCGUGGUGGUGGGCUUCCAGCUAGCGUCAGCCAGUCUUCUCCAUACAAUACGCUGGAACAUCACCGCGGAGCUCCACUGGCGAUGGAUCAACUGCGGGCUGGGUUAGUGUGUGUCUGGUUUCUGUGCGGAUGAUGUGCGGACGUGCGCACGAUGAGGUCCCGUUGAUUGAUGUUGUAUUGCUUUUUCUUGCUUGCCGGUGGGUGAGAAGCAAUGCCGGGUGACAGACCUAACUUGGUGGUCAAAGCCCAAGCCCCCAAGGCACGCGGCCGCCGCUAAACUACUGAUGCCGUACCUUGACCCGAACGCCCCCUCUCUUGUCUCCCAGCCCCUGUCGCACUACUGCAGGCGUCCAGGCGCAUUGUGUGAAGGAAAAAAGAAGGCCUCGCUGAAGGUGCUUCUGCAUGAAAGCCCAGCCCAGGUCCUCCUUAUCCUAUGCCCCUGUCCGUCCUCCCCUUUGACCAGACUCUUUUUCUUUCUGCUCCACGAGGCAUUCAUUUUGCUUUCGCAUAGUCGUCAUCCGGAGAGAGUAAAUCUUGCUCUUCCUCUUGAUUUCACUAGAGUCGCUCCGUUUUUUUUUGUUCAACGGCCGACGUGCGAUUCGACUCACUGCUACGAUGGCGCCGUCUCUGAACACCCACCCGUCCUUCACCCGCCCUCGCACCGGCGACCGCGAGGGUCGACCCCAAACUCGCGAUCAGGCAAACGACAGCAUGCUUAUCCCAAGCCGCACCUCUUCUCUACACUCUCGCAUCACUCAGCCCAUCCCGUCGUCUCUCAAUGCCAAACCUCAGCAGCGCACCCCAAAGACCCUGACCCAUGCAUACAUGGUUUGCGGUGUUGGACGAGAGCCAUCCCAAUGGGUUCGGGCACCUCCUCCAAUCCAAGGCAAAAUUGGUCAUAUGAAGGGUGCUGUUGGACAGUUUUGGCUGCCCGAGAUUCUGGGUUCCAGCCCGAGAUUGGAGCAGGACAAUGAGAUUGCUCGAGCUCUGCAUGCCGCUAUGCGUGCCUGCUUCCCUCACGAUGUAGAAAUUUGCACUGGACGUAACCAGCCUCACUGUGUGCACCACGCUUUUGUUCUUCAGCAAGAUUCUUCCCAAACUCUUUACGGUAUCUGCCUCCGAGUUUGGUCCCGCGCUGACGACAAGCGUGCUGAGACUAUUCGUGACUUGCGUCGCAGAACCGAGUCUGACUUUUACGACAACCCUGAUGAGACCUACUGGAUCCCGUACUGCCUGUCUUUCCUCUCGCGCUACCCCAUUUACAACCUUCUAGGCGAUUAUCUUCGUGGCAUGUGGAUUCACUGGAACAAGGCCACCAACCUCUUCCACGCCGAGGAGGUGUCCCGCAUCCUCAGCUUCCCUGCACCUCGCCUGAAUGACCUCGUUCGUAUUGAUAUGAAGGACUAUGCGCUGUGCUAUCAGUUCCCCUCCUCGCCUACCGGCUUUCAGAACUUCGCCAUGUGGCCCCUCUUCAACUGUCUCUCUAUUCCCAACAUCGUCGGCGUCAUCGAAGCUGCUAUUUCGCCUACUCGCAGAAUCAUCUUUGUCAGUCACUACCCAGCUAUGCUGACCGUGGCCGCUGAGACGAUCCGCUACUGUGUCCGCGUUUACGAGUGGAGCGGUCUCUAUGUUCCCGUCGUCCACGCUCGACAUGCCCAUGAACUUGUCCAAGAGCCUGGCCCUUACAUUUUGGGUGUUACUUCGGAAUGCCGAUCGCUGUUCACUGCUCCUAACGACGCCCUGGUGAUUGACCUGGACCGCAACUUUGUUCUUACCUCCAGCCCACCCACUGCCCUGUCUACUGGCCAACGUAACAAGUUUAUCGCCCGCUUGACCCAGGCUCUUAAUGGCGAUGUUGCACCCGCUGGCGUGCCACAGCACCUUCGUUCCGCUUAUGGCGGUGGUAAGCUUGUUCCUGCCGGUCAGAUUAUCGUGAUGCGCGGAGAGGUUGAAUGUGUCGAAGAUCCUGAAUGGUGGAACCAAGAUGCCGUCAUGGCAGUCAUGGACCACGUUUGUGAGAAGCAGGGCCGUAACACUGGCUUGAAGGCUGUCUUUGGCGGCUCAGUGAAGAAGCCUCUCAUGACCAAGGUAUCCAUGAGACAUCUGAAUGAGAUUGUGAGGGAGCGCAACCAGUACUCGCGCGAUGCUCUGGAGGCUUGGCAGGAUUUCAUUAACCUGAAGGGUCGCAUGGAUACUGAGUUGAACAAGGUCAACAAGCGCAACAACUACCUUGUUGAUGAGCUGGAGAGCUGGAAGCAGCAGUUCCUCAAGUUCCAGGCCUUUGCUGAACAGCUCACUAAGGAAACACAAGAUCUCAAGGUCAAGAUUGAAACCCAUAAGCGUGAGAACCGCCGUCUUGGUGGUCUUAUUGACCAGCAGAAGGAAGAACACUCACGCAUGGCUACACGCCUCAAUGGCACCGAGAAACAGCGCGAUGAUGCUCUGGAGGCGCUGGUCUUGCAGCAAGAAAUCGCCGAAGAACUUGAGCGCGAGCGCAAGAAGAACAAGAAGGAACUUUCGCAGCUGCAGCACACCAACCUCACUAUCCAGCGCCAGCGCGACGAAGCCCGCCGUGUUGUCUUGCAUCUUCGCAGCUUGAUUGGCGGACAGAGCCACCACAUGGAGCAUCUGAUUCAGUCUCUGACCAAGCCCGAUGACUUCAUUCGCGAGAUUGAAGAAGGCUAUGCUCUGGAGGAAGAGGAGCUCGCUGCUCAAGAGGAAGCUGGUCAAAGUCUCCGCGCUUCUCGCAGCAGCAGCCGCCUUUCUGGCGCCAGCUUUGCUGAUGUCGCCGACCGCCACCUCAAGGACAAGACGGACGCCAUUGCCCACAUUGUCCGCAACAUUUCCGACCAGUGCCAGGCUGCUGUCGAAAGCCUUCAGCUGGCUCAAGACUCCUCUGAGUACCGCUCAACCAGACGUCAUAGCAACUUGUCGGCCGCCCCCAGUGAUGACGGUACUGACGGCCACUCCGCUGCCACCUCAGAUGCCGGCGAGGAUCAGCAGCAACGCCGCUCUAGCAGACGCACCUCCAGCAUUCCUCCUACUCCUGAUCUGAUCCCCAACCGUAGCAGCACUGCCAUGUCGUUUGCUUCUAGCGCCACCACACCUGAGCGCUCCAGCCAGCAGUACACGAUUCGGGAUGAGAUCCCAACCAAGAUUGUUGAGGAUGACGAGGAAGAAGAGGAUGAAGAGACACGCAGCGAUGCCGGUGUUGUGUCCAAGCUUAGCGAGUCUCUUUUGCACAGACCUUCCGGAGCCCGAAUCAGCGCUCUUGGAGGCACUCGCUAAAUGGGUCUACUGCUUACAAUUGUUCCAUUCUAUCUCCAAGUCGCCAGGCGACGCCUGUUUUAUAUCCCCCUCCUUUGCUGUACGAUUUCCCUUGGUUGAUUUACUCUAUUCUGCUUCAUUUUUUGAUGGGUUGAGCUUUCCGUAUUAUUUCGCUAUGGAUUUGGGCGUUGUAUUCUGUGAAACUUUUCUUUUAUCCUGUAUUUACCUUUGAUAUUUAGCUAGCUGAGCCUGUUGCGAGCAGCAUCCAGUCCUUCCGGUAACCACAGCCGAGAUGCAAUUUUAUCUGUCUAUUUAUGCUCCAACUUGACUCUACGUGCAAUCUCGAAUCUAAAGCCUUUUUACAACUUUUAUUUAUAAAUUCCUGUGGCACUAACGUCUAAGUGUAAAAGUGACGGA